AUGCUUGAUAAGUCAAGGUUUAUUACUCUGCUCCUUCAAAUUGAAGAGAAGCAACGACCCAAGAAGGAAAUACAGGAGAUGAACAGUUCAGAUGAAGUUGAUGAAUGCUGUUGCAGGAGACAAAAGAAGAGGAAGUGGAAGAGGAUUGCUCCAAUGGCCGAAGCAGGUCACGAUCGCAGGGCCGACUUGUGGCCAGCCCUGCAAUUGGGUUUCAUCAUGACUCGUUUGUCCCCUGAUUUCUACCACAUCUUCGCACAUACAAUGAGGAGGAAAUACAGGAGAUGGAGAAGUUGUUGCUGCUGCAGGGGAAGGAAGAAGAGGAAGUGA